UUGUCACCAGACACUUCUAGGAUGGCGGACAGUCUACCCACAGACUUCGAUGUGGUUAUAAUAGGGACAGGUUUGCCUGAAUCUAUCCUUGCAGCUGCGUGUUCAAGAAGUGGUCAGAGGGUCCUGCAUAUUGAUUCAAGAAGUUACUAUGGAGGAAACUGGGCUAGUUUCAGCUUUUCAGGAUUACUGGGCUGGUUGAAGGAGUAUCAGCAAAACAGUGAGGUCGUAGAGGAAAGUACUGCUACGUGGCAGGAGCUCAUCCAGGAAACAGAAGACGCCAUCAUUCUUCGCAAGAAGGAUGCAACCAUUCAACACAUGGAAGUUUUCUGUUAUGCCAGUCAGGAUAUGGAGGAGAAUGUUGAAGAGAUUGGUGCUCUGCAGAAAAAUCCUUCCUCAGUGGCAUCUAGUACCUGUCCUGAAUUUCGGGAUUCUGCAUGCUUGCCUGAAGAAGAACACUCAUCUUAUUUUACGGGCCAUGAGGUGUCGGCCAAACACCCUCAGAAAAGUGAUACAGAGAUUCCACUAGAAGUAAGUGGUGAACAGGAGUCCCUAGAGAACGAAAAGUGCAGUGGAGCUGAAACUUGUGUACAUGCUGUUUCAGGUGGAGAUAAAGAUGAAAACAAACCUACGGUAGAAGAAAGUACUGAGCAGCCAAAGAGAAAUAGGAUUACUUACUCUCAAAUAGUUAAAGAAGGCAGGAGGUUUAAUAUUGAUUUGGUAUCAAAGCUGCUAUAUUCUCAAGGAUUGCUCAUUGAUCUUUUGAUCAAGUCAAAUGUUAGCCGUUAUGCAGAAUUUAAAAACGUCACUAGGAUUCUUGCAUUUCAAGAAGGAAAGGUAGAACAGGUGCCUUGUUCCCGAGCAGAUGUCUUUAAUAGCAGAGAACUCACCAUGGUUGAAAAGAGGAUGCUAAUGAAAUUCCUCACAUUUUGUUUAGACUAUGAACAGCAUCCUGAUGAGUACCAAGCUUUUGAGCAAUGUCUGUUUUCAGAGUACUUAAAGACUAAAAAAUUAACUCCCAGCCUCCAACAUUUUAUAUUGCACUCAAUUGCAAUGACAUCAGAAUCGUCUUGCACUACAAUAGAUGGCCUUAAAGCAACUAAAAACUUCCUUCAGUGUCUUGGACGGUUUGGUAACACUCCCUUUUUAUUUCCUUUGUAUGGUCAAGGAGAAAUUCCCCAGUGUUUCUGCAGGAUGUGUGCAGUUUUUGGUGGAAUUUAUUGUCUACGCCAUAAAGUACGAUGCUUUGUGGUUGACAAAGAAUCAGGAAGAUGUAAAGCAAUUAUAGAUCACUUUGGUCAAAGAAUAAACGCUAAAUAUUUUAUCGUAGAGGAUAGUUACCUUUCUGAGGACACGUGCUCUAACGUGCAGUAUAAGCAGAUCUCUAGGGCAGUGCUCAUUACAGAUCGGUCUGUGCUAAAGGCAGAUUCGGAUCAGCAGAUUUCCAUUUUGAUAGUGCCGCCAACACAACCAGGAAAUUGUGCUGUUCGGGUCACAGAAUUAUGUUCUUCAACCAUGACAUGCAUGAAGGGCACCUAUCUGGUACAUCUGACAUGUUCAUCUUCUAAAACAGCAAGAGAAGAUUUAGAAUGGGUGGUGAAGAAAUUAUUCACCCCGUAUGCUGAAACAGAAAUAGACAAGGAAGAACUUACAAAGCCAAGAGUUUUAUGGGCUCUUUAUUUUAAUAUGAGAGAUUCUUCAGAAAUCAGCAGAAGCUCAUAUAAUGGGUUACCUUCCAAUGUUUGUGUCUGCUCUGGGCCUGACGGUGGACUGGGAAAUGAGCAUGCGGUUAAGCAAGCAGAAACACUUUUCCAUGAGCUCUUUCCAAGUGAGGAAUUCUGCCCCCCACCUCCAAACCCAGAGGACAUUAUCUUCGAUGGUGAUGAUAAGCAGUCAGAUACUCCUGGGACCAGUAAUGUAAUAAAGGCCAAACCAGAAUCCUCUGAGGAAAGCAAAAACCUGGAAAGCCCAGAGAAGCACCUUCAAAAUUAGAAAAGAACAAACUGGAACUGCUUGCUACUUUGGGCCUUCAUCCUGGCAUCUGGAUUUUCUCAUUUAAAGGACGAUUUCCCUCAGGAGCAAAUGGAAGUGGUUGUACGAUGAAUUCUAUGCAGAUGUUGUCUUUAGCUCUCUUUGAGACAUCCAGUGUUAGAUGUCUUUGCUAACUUAUCAGUGACUGAUGUGUUGGUUAUUGGACACUUUGUUUCAAAAUGGGCUCCAUGAUCCAGAAUCUUAAAACAGAAUUAGCUUUAUUUUAGUAUUGGACAUAUAUGUGUGAGGGUUUCCAUAUUAGAACCUUUACUUAAAAAAAGGUAAUAUUGUAUCUGCUAAUGGUCUUCAGAUUUUGUUGUCUCUAGAGCAAUUAAUAAUAUCUAAGGAAUAUUAAUUUUGCCGCUAUUACAGUUGCUACCACCUCUGAGUAGUGAAAUACACACAAACUCUUGGUAUUUUAUAUAAAAUAUAAACAUGUAGACAUGGUGGUAGGAAUAGCAAAUAGUCCAAGUGCCAAUAUGGUAACAUGCAUUUCUAGAUUAAAAGAUUGUUAAGAGGUUAACUUUGCAUGAUCCCUUAUACUUUGUGAAAGUCUGAUGUUUAUAACACAUUUUGCAGUUUGAUUUACCUACUUGACCCCUGUAACUGAAGAGGCAGUGACACCACUACGGUCUUGCACUUUUUACAAAGAGUUGGAGUUCAGUUAGUAGUUAAAAAUCUCAUUUGGGGGAGGUUCAUUCCAAAAAAAAUCCAAGGGAUAAGAUUAGAUCUGUUAAUACUUCAGAAAAUCUCUGCAGAGCCCAGCUCUGGCUCCUAAAAGGAAAGAACUUCCUAGGAGUAACUUAGGCCAAAGGAAAAAUAAAGUGCCCCAGGGAAAGAUAGUUCAGAAUGAUUGUUUUCCUAAGGAGAAACUGAGUGAGGCUUUUUAAAUCUGGGAUUACAGAGGGUUUGAAAACCCUCUGUAAAAAGAUUACCCGCUUCUCUCAGGGUGAAACGUUCUUGUUUGGCUCUCCUACUUUAGUUAGUGGCAUUAACUACAACUGAUGACUGUGAAUCAAAAGAGAAUUUACAGAACCCUUUGGUUGUGUCCUACCACACAAGUAGAGGUAACAACCUUCAUAAUCACUUCUGCCUCUUAGUUGUGUUUAGAGGAUGGAAACUUUUCUCUUCCAGAACCACCAGAAGUUGUGAAACUGGUUAUACUCUAAUGGUGAAAAUCGGGGGAGCUAUGAGAAGUGGUGAACUUCCUUUAGUCUUGUUUCCAUUUUCAGAAAGUGAUGAAACCCUUUAUGACAGCUUUUGCCCUGCACAACAUUUAUAAUGUGCCCUUCAUCUUGUGCUUGCUUUUUACAAUUUGUCAGUGGCCUUCUGAGGCAGAUAGUUUAGCAUGCACCUUCAAAGAGGGAACAGAGAAGUGUUAAAGAUUUGCUCAGAAUCUGGUGUGUUGGGAGAGCCUACAUUGGAACCUAGGCUUCUGUGAUUCUUAAACUCUUGAUCUUUCCCCCGAUGUUCACUGUUAGAAUAGAGUAGGGACUGUGGGAAAAGGGAAAGGUGCCCAUGGAAAUCGGUCUAGCAUUGCUGGCAAAGAAAAGCAGACAGACACUGGUGUUGGUAUUGAAUUGGAGAAAUGUGAAGAUUAGAAUUAAUAAAAUUAUUUUACAGCAUGGAUCACAUUGAAGUAGAAUUUCACAAAGUAAUGCUUUUCAAUAACAUCUUUUGAUUUAAAGAUUGAGUUAUAAAAAAAUACGAUUUUUUGAUGCCAAACUCUGUUCUCAGUGUUCUCAUUGUUGCUCUGCUGAAAGUGAGAACAAGACAAGACAGCUUAAAGUAGGGAAGGUAUGUACUGGUAUUAAUACUGACUUUUUAUUUAGUAAAGUGGGAGGAUCCUAAAAUAGCCCUGUAAAAUAGGUCUUAAAAGAAACUUAAGAUCAAUAAAAUGCAGGCGAAGAUAAUCCAGACCUACUGAAGUUUUCCAUUAUCACCAGUGAUUCAUAAGUGAAGAAAGAAACAAAAGUGGUUUUCCUGAAUAUAAUGGAAAAAGAAAAAAAAGUUAUCACUGUCUAACGUCCAAAAUAAGGUUGGUUUAAAAGCUAAUAAAAUGAAAAUAGUACAUUCUUAAAUACGAAAUAAGUAGGAAAUGAGAAGUUAUAACCAAUGAAAAGCAUUUAAAACUUGGGGGGAUAUAGCAAGUAUAAUUUUUUUUAUAAGUUGGAAUUUGACCCUAAUAGACUUAUUGGUGAACUUUUUCAAAUGUUUUAAAGAAUAAGUAAUAUUUAUGUAUCAUGAAAUGUAAUAUGCUUCUAAUUACAUUUUGAAGCAAAUACAGCCUUAAUACUAAAAAUCAAAACAUUUUUAAAAAGGUAUCCUUCUCAACAAAGCAAAAUGCAAAAUAAAAUAUUGGCAAACACUACAGCCAAAUAGAAAUGAUUUACUGUCAUUCAAGAUUAUAAGGCUGGUGUUCGACAGAAUAACCAUUAAAUAAACAUCAAGAAAAUGAAAGUAAAAAUCCAAAAUACUAGGUACAGAUAACUUUAAAAAGUCAUCAUUUGUUUUUGAUUUAAUUAUCUCUGGUAAUGAUUUCAUAGGCUUUUCAUAGUUGGAUGAGUAGUUACUUAAAACGAAGAAACUAACAUUUGGGAAAACAUUGGAAACAUUUCUCAAGCGAAACUAAACAACGUUAGCAUCAUUUUCAUUUACAUAUGUUGAAGAAACUUGUCAUUGCUAAAAAAAAACCGCACAUUCACAAAAUGAGGAAGAUAGAGCAGCACAAACAUUAUUUUCUGUUGACGUGGCUUUAUCGCUUAACCCUAUAAUGUACAAAUGCUAACAGUAAAAGACUAAUUCAGGAAGUUGUAGGUUAUACAGUUGAAAAAAAAAAGUCUCUUUUGUAGAUCCUAACAUUGGCAAACUGCACUUUAAAGUGUUGAGGUAUUAUAAAGUUACACAACUGUAUUGGGAUAAAUUAAGAAAGAUACCUGAUUAGAAGAAGGAUUAAGGAAGUAAAUUUUAAAAAUAAACUUUCAUGAGAUACCCUGCUAUAAAGGAAAAGUAGUAAAUGGGGAGUCCUCUGAAAACCACAUUACUGUGAUACUGCAAUUUAUUCCAGAGGAAUUAAAAUGUUAAGUUAAAAAUAAUGACGCCAAUAGUGAUAGGAACUUCAUGGCAUUUGACAAGGUAAAUCAACAAAGAAAAAGGAAAAAUGUGUACUAAAUAGGAAAAAGACAAGGUGGAAUUUUUAAAAGGCUAUCUGUAUUACACAUGGAUAAAGUGCUUAAUACUUUUUAAAAAGAAGAGUCAUGUGCAUACAGCUGUCUACUCUUUCCUAAACAGUUUUAUUAUAAAGGAAUCAGGGAUAAAUGAGACCAUACAAAUAAGAAAUCAAUUCUUAGAAUCACAUUCAAAUUUCCUAAUAUUAAAGUUGUAAAUUGAAACAAUUUUGACUUCUUGCUGUUGACAAAAUUUUUUAAGUUGUGUCCUCAUCCUCAUAGCAUUAUACGUUAGUGCUCGGUUAGGGAACUAUUUAGAUUAUUAAAAAAAGCUCCAUAACCUAAUUUUUUGACAUACCAACUCGCUUUGAGAAGCUUAUGUCUAGGAAGAUUUUUAAAACUGAUUUGUGCAAAAAUGUUUUUAGCAAUUCCAUUCAUGUGAGCUUUAAAAAAAAGCCAAACAAUUGGGGGAUGCAUAAGUAAAUUUUGAUGUAUUGCUAUUGCUAUCGUAGACUGUUAUGUAGCCAUUAAAUAAUAUUGAUAUAUGUUAAAUUGUAAAAAAUGGUUAAGUAACUAAAAAUGUUAAUUAGAACACAAAUUAUUAUGUUUACUGAUAAUAUUUGUGUAAAAAUUUAGCUCUACAUUGAAAAGUCAGAUGGUGAUAUAUAUGUAAUUAAUUACAGUUUAACAUUAGGGUUUUUUCUGUAAAAUAUUGAUAUGUGCAAUAAAAAAUUAAAGAUUAACUGUA